UGACGUAGAGGUUGGUGCUUUGUGGAUAGUACAUUUUAUACAAUUUCGUGUAAAUUUUCUCUCAGUUAUUUGUGCUGCGAAUUAUUUACAGCAUAAGUGUUUAACACUUUGCAAAAAUGGCAGACUCAGAUGAUGAAUAUGAUAGAAAGAGGCGAGAUAAAUUCAGAGGUGAGAGGACAGAAUCAUAUUCACGGGAACGAAGAGAAGAUCGUAGACGAGAUGAUUGGGUUGAUAGAGAGUGGUCCAGUCGUCCUAGGCAGCGGCCUGAUUAUCGGGAAUAUCGAGGUGGAGGAAGUGGAGGACGUGAUCGUUACAGUCCUCCAAGAUCCCAAGAUAUGGCACCUCCUAUGAAGAGAAUGCGAUUUGACUGGGAUGAUAGACCGAGAUAUGGUGGACAUGAUUAUUAUGGUGGAAGUGGUAGUGGUGGUGGUGGUGGUGGCGGCGGUGGUGCUGGUGGCGGUGGCGGCGGCGGUGGCGGCGGCGGUGGCGGUGGAAGUUCUUGGAGUCCGGAUCACUAUCCGCCUCCUCACCAUAGCAACCAUCACUAUGGCAACCAUAGUAAUAGCAGCAGUCGGGAGGUAGCUGGAAAUUUCAGUAAUUCAAAUGUUGAAACCCAGCCACCUAUGAUGUCAUUCAAAGCAUUUCUUGGCACUCAAGAAGACACCAUUACUGAUGAGGAAGCUAUUAAACGCUACAAUGAGUACAAAUUGGAAUUCAAGAGACAGCAGCUCAAUGAGUUUUUUGUCGCCCAUAAGGAUGAAGAAUGGUUCAAAAUAAAAUAUCAUCCUGAGGAAUCAAUAAAGAGAAAAGACGAGCAAGUAUCGGCACUUAAGAAACGCGUACAAGUUUUUCUGGACUUGCUCGAAACGGGAGAAAUAGACAAAGUGUCCGUUGAUGCCGAUCAAGCAGAUAUCUUGUUACGUCUUUUAGAUGCAGUGGUUAUCAAAUUGGAAGGAGGAACGGAAGAAGAUUUGCAAAUUUUGAAUGUUAAGCCACCUAAGCUGUUUAUAACAAAAGAUAUCUCAAAGGAGAAAGAAGAUAACAAGACUAAAUCUUGUAUGGAAAAGAAACCUGAAAGCAGUGACGAAAACAAGAUGGACAAUUCACAGCGUGAAGAGAAAGGUUCGAAAAAUGAUCAGAAUGCUGAUGCAGAAGUGAAAAGCGCAGAAAAAGAUGGAAAUGCAGUAUCUGAUUCGGACAAAACGAAAGAAAGCGACGAAUGUAAAGACACAGAAGAAACUGCUAAUGAAGACAAGUCACCAGACAAAUCAAGGAAACGUAAACGUACUAACAGCAACAGCAGCAGCAGCAGUAGCAGCAGCAGCAGCAGUUCUUCCGGUAGUGACAGCAAUAAACCGGAAGCAGAGACUUCUGCUAAUGAGAAAGUGGAGGCCAAUAAUGAACAAGUCGACGAAGGAGAGGCUAAAGAAGAAAAUCAAGAAAGUAAAACUGAAGCGGAAACUACAAAUAAUAAGAAAUCCACGAUCGAACCAGAAGCGGUGAUCGAUUUGGCUAGUGAAGAUAAAGAAAAGGAACCCAGAGCUCUGCACAAAACGAGCAGCAUCUUCCUUCGCAAUUUGGCGCCGACUAUCACUAAAGCGGAGGUGGAAGCGAUGUGCAAGCGAUUCCCAGGAUUCUUACGCGUAGCUAUAGCAGAUCCGCAACCAGAGAGACGAUGGUUCCGUCGCGGUUGGGUUUCGUUUGAAAGACAAGUGAAUAUUAAAGAAAUUUGCUGGAGUUUGAAUAACAUCCGAUUACGUGAUUGUGAGCUUGGUGCAAUAGUAAACAGAGAUCUAUCACGACGUAUUCGGUCGGUGAAUGGUUUAACAUCUCACAAACAAAUUGUCAGGCAUGAUAUUAAACUCAGUGCCAAAAUUGUCCACAAUUUGGAUAAUAGAGUAGGAUUAUGGAAGGAAGAGAAGAAGAGUGACAGUGCAUUGAAGCAGGAAGAAAACAAAGAAAACAAGACUGUUCAAAGUAACGACGAAGUUGAGCAAGCGGCUUUUGGAUUGUCAUCAAAAAAUCCAGUAUUGAAGAAUAUAACUGAUUACCUGAUAGAAGAAGCUUCGGCCGAAGAGGAAGAAUUGCUAGGUAUGUCAGGUGAUCAAGAGGAAGGUCAGUUGAGCGGCGACGGAGACAGCUCAAUCGAAAGAGAUCCAAUUCUAAUCAAGGUAUUAGACAGACUAGUAAUGUACUUACGUGUUGUUCAUUCCGUGGAUUACUACAAUCAUUGCGAGUAUCCGAACGAGGACGAAAUGCCAAAUAGAUGUGGAAUAAUGCAUGUGAGGGGAUCACCGCCUACCGCCAAAAUUUCCAGCGGUGAAUUAUCAGAAUACUGUCGUAAUUUCGAGAACAAGAUGGUUGCUUUCUUACAACCGAUCGCCACUCUGUCUACCGAAGAGUUCGAUAAGCUAGGCGCAAAGAAUGCCGAAGCUGAGGUUGAAAAAUUCGUUCAAGCCAACACCCAAGAAUUGUCAAAGGACAAGUGGCUGUGCCCUCUCAGCGGGAAGAAGUUCAAAGGACCAGAUUUUAUCCGGAAGCAUAUUUUCAACAAGCAUUCCGAAAAGGUUGCUGAAGUGAAAGCGGAAGCUGAGUAUUUCAACAAUUAUUUGAAAGACCCGAAAAGGCCUCAGCUUCCCGAACAUCCUGGUAACAAGGCUCCAUUGAGAGACGGGCCACGCGAGAACUUUGCUCCAUAUGGUUGCAGCUCAUUCGGAAGUUACGGCGGUGGAUACGGUGGUAAUAGAGGUGGUUACGGUGGUUCUGGCUACGGCGGCGGAUUUGGUGGUGGAUUUAGUGGACCGCGUUCCAAUCGUGGCGGUUUUAAUCGAGGACGACGAGGCGUGUAAGAUGCAUUCCUACCACAAGUACAUUCUUGGCCCAUUCGAAAUAACAGACUGAACGUGGUGAUACAAUGUUUUACAGGGCCGCUCCGGAUACUAUGGCAAGAGCUAUUAUUAGUUAUAAUGACUUGGACCAGCCAGACAUGGACAUGUUCUAAGUUUUGACUAAAUCUAUGCGAAUUCCCGCGGGUCUAAUAAGCACACAAUAAAAACACUGCUAUUCCAGAUUCUAUCAGAUUUAUGUCCAGGGCAUGUUCUAGCAUAUUAUCUAGCAUAUUAGGAUAAAGUUCUUAUUUUGCACUAGAUUUUACAAUAUUUCCUAUAAUUUACUAAUUAUCACUAAAGUUUUAAUUUGAAACAUGUCAAAU